UAGAUAGAUAGAUAGAUAGAUAGAUAGAUAGAUAGAUAGAUAGAUAGAUAGAUAGAUAGAUAGAUAGAUAGAUAGAUAGAUAGAUAGAUAGAUAGAUAGAUAGAAUAGCAUAACAUCGAUAGAUAGUGAGGGAUAGCAUAGCAUAACAUAACAUAGAUAGAUAGUGAGGGAUAGCAUAGCAUAACAUAUAUAUAUAUAGAGAGAUAGAGAGAGAGAGUAGAUAUAUAAGUAGAUAACAUGGUUUUCUACUGUAUUUGUGGCGGGUGCAACAACUCCAGCAAAAGUGGACAUAGGGUCCAUUGCUUCCCCAAGGACAAAGGGAUUCUCCGAAGCUGGGUGCAAUUUGUCAAGUUUAGGCGGGCAGAUUUUUCAGCUAGCUCUGUUACCGCGUACUCCAGAAUAUGCAGCGCGCAUUUCAAGGAGGGGGAUUACCACUCAGGGGAUGCCAAGAUGGUCUCACUUGGUUUAAAGAGUAAGAGGACGGCGAAGUUAAUUCCUACCGCCGUGCCGUCUGUGCAUGCAAACCACUCUGCCUGCCCUGUCCCGAGGUCGAGAGACACCGUCUGCCGCAAGCGAGAGAUUGCCACGGUAAGCAUCAUGCUAUAGCUGCUAAUUACAAGCUGCGCGUUAGCUAGCUCUGUGUAUUUUGCAUACCGUGUUCCCUUUGACACAGCCUCCUCUACAAGCAUGAUCAGUCUGACAUUAGAAGAGCAUAUUUCGUGAUUCACGAAUAUGAGCCAAAACAAAAUUGCCCUGAAGUAAAUGUCCAUAUCGUCAUGAAAGCUUCAUGGCUAGUGUUUGGAUCAGUGAUCGUCAUCAUCAAGCGGCUUUCACAACAGUGUGUUUGCGUUUUGUGUUAGUGCUAGACUGCUACGGUUCUCUUUCACAUAUACUGUAUUUGACCGUGACCGUGAUUUCUUUUUUAUAUACUUAUAUAUACUAUACUUUAUACUAAUAUACUUUUUUAUAUUUGUUUUCGCAAGAUGUUGACAGACGCCUCACAGCAGGAGACCGUGGCCAGUGUAGACACUGUGGAGAGUGUCGAUACUGGGGAUCAGCCCUUGCCCUCCUCCACUUCUGACGCUGGGACACAAUGUUAUUUGAAGCCCCCCCGAUGGUCUCACGCUGUGCAGGUUAACCUGAAGCCCAAGAUGGUUAGCGUGGGCACACAGACUUCAAUCAGCCCACAAACCUCCACUCCCCUCGCUAGUCCUGAACAGACAGUUGACGACGAUGAUGAUGAUAAUGCCACUGUCAUCAGUGACUUGUCGUGGGUGCCCGAAGAGCCGAUGGAUGAGGAGGAAUUGUUUGAUGAGGAGCCACCUUACACGUGUGACCCCCACCACAAGAACAUGCCAACCUGCAACCUCCUGUUAAGUGGGGCCAUUCAUUUUACUGGAUGUUUGGCCACACAGACACUAAGAAUGUUGACCCUGUUUGGCCUGCAGUGCAUCAGUGCCAGCAGUUUCUUUCGCCAUCAGCGCCGCUACACAAUCCCUGUAAUCGUUCAGGCCUGGCAGAAUGAUCAAGCCAAGAAUUUUAGUGACCUACGGGCAAUGGAUGGCGGGCUAGUUCUUGCUGGUGACUGCAGGUCAGAUUCUCCUGGGCACUGCGCAAAGUAUGGGUCAUACUCUCUGAUAGAGGACAGAGUGAACAAGGUGGUGGAUGUUCAGCUUGUUCAGAGCUCAGAGGUCCCCAACAGCUCAUGGUGUGAGCUUGAAGGGCUCAAGCGCAGUGUUGGCCUGCUGAGGGGAAACAACCUGCAUUUGGCAACGCUGAUCACGGACCGACAUCGCCAGGUUGCCAAAUGGGUGAGAGAGGAGCUGAUCCCUGAAGGGACACAGCAUUAUUUUGACGUGUGGCACAUUGCCAAAAGUCUGGGGAAGGCAUUGGAUGCAGCAUCCAAAGAGUGUGACCAACUACAGUUGUGGAGGCCAGCUAUAGUGAAUCACCUCUAUUGGACUGCAGCCUCAACCCCAGAUGGCAACCCAGCGGUCAUGGAGGCCAAAUGGAGAAGUUUAGUGAACCACAUCCAGGACAUCCAUGACCAUGACACCCCUGCCUUCUCCAGUUGUGCCCAUGGCCCUCUAGACGAAGAUCAGCGCAACAAAGAGUGGCUGGACCCAGGCUCAUUGGCAGCAGUCAAGUUGGAGAACAUAAUGAUGAGGGCUGCCUUGCUGAAAGAUGUUCGUCAGCUGUCUCCACAGCACCAGACCUUCUCCCUUGAGGCUUACUACUCCCUCAUCUUGCACUUCGCGCCCAAGCACACUGGGUUUUCAUACCUUGGGAUGUAUAGCAGGCUUCUCUUAGCGGCGCUGCAUUAUAAUCACAAUGCCAAUCGCGAGACAGCACGGAGAAGUGACGGGACGGAGAAGUACUGCGUGCGGUAUCCGCGCUUCAGAAAAGGUGCCCAUGUGGUGCGUCCCAUCAAAGAGGCAGCCUCAUACGGUUAUGCAACAUCAUUAAUGAAGGCCCUUCGGGAGAGCUACGCCAAUUCACCCGCGGUUCUUCGAGAGGUUGGCGCCAAUUUGUCCUCCGAUGCACCCGCCCCCAUCGCCAAAUCCUUCGAACAGAUUCCUAAGGAGGAGGCCAUCAGCCUCUACCUAGCCCGGCAGUCACGCUUCAAGAAAACCUAAUUUCACAUUAUUAUUUUUUUCCACGGACAAGUCCAAUGAUUUAGUUGUUAUUAUUUGCAUGAAAUUUCUUUGUAUAUAAUUCAAAAUAAUUUGGUAAUCAUUUUACCUGUGCCUUGUCAACCUCUGUGUGCGGUGUUGUCUGGGCUCACUGUGUCUGCUUGAUGUGCUUUUGCAUGUAUCACUGCAUGUAUGCAUGCAUGAAAUAGUGUGCGUGUGUGUGUGUGAGAGAGAAAGAGAACCAUCAACUGACCCUCGGGUAUGACUACACUAUUGCAGAAUUAAUUAGAAUUAGAAUUAAACAUUGCGGGUCUAGCCCUUCAUCAGUGUUCCUUGUAUGUUUUGUGCCUAACCAUUUUUUUAUAUAGAUUUAAUUCCAACCUGUGUCUUUGUUCAGUAACCAUUACAAGCAAUGCCAAUCAACUUUUUUUUAUCCAAAAUGCAUGUGUUCUGUGUACUUUAUAACAUUUUAAGGGCAAUUGAAUGAUCACAACAGAAUAAGCAUAACUAUUAUUUUUAUUCAUUUUCAUCCAAACAAGGCCAUUGAAAGCCCUGAUAGGUCUGGUCAUCAUUCUGGAAUUGCUGUCUGAUGGUUGAAACCACACAAGAGGGUAGAGGCUUCCUUAUACUCCUCCCUAAAACGCCAUAAGCCCAGCGUAUAGCUUGCCUGUACGCAGUGUACCGGUAUUGCCUAGGGAUAAGUAGGAAAGAUUCUUAAGUUUAAAACUCUGUAAGUAGGUUGGAAACGUCAUUUUAAGCCUGUUUCUUAUGCAUGUUUAUUGUGUAUGCAACACAUCUCCUGUCACCUAUAACUGUUGGUUCAAAUGACUCAGUGUAAAAAGAUUUGUAAAGUAAACAUAAACCAUGAACAUA